AUGGUUUUCGUUCGUUUGUGUAUUAUUGCUGCCUUUACAUUAUGGUCUGGGUAUUACACUCAGGCGAGUUCUACGAAAACAACCGGUUUGCCAUCUUUGAAAUUCCAAUUUACGCUCAAACGUAGCACCGUGAAGGUACAAGGCUUGACUGAAUUGUCCGUCUUUGCGAACCCCAUCGAAUUGGACGGUGGUGACAGUGUACUCUACGAUGUCUUUUCAUCAUUCACUGAACGCGAUACAGUGCACAACUACUACCUUGUCAAUGGAAUUGGUAUGUCUUCAAGUGUCUCAAACUUUUGUACUGAAAAUGUGACCAUGCAAUGUCAGGAUUCCCUACUCGACGACAUUCCACCGAUUAACACUAUCAUCAGUGCGUUAAACGAAGCAACUGCUAUCUCAAGUGAGGCAGGAACUUUUCAAAGUGCGGUGGAGUGCCCGAAUGGAAAUCUAUUCAAGGUUACGAUCAACAACAUCGAUUUUGCAUUGUGCACAUUGGAUUCGCUGGGAUUUACGAUGCACGGCAGUGAUAUGGACGUGAAGGUUGAGUAUCUCAAUGCCCACCUGAACAUUAGAAUUCCGACUCCGACUUCGGAACUAAACUGCGACACAGUGGCGACUCGUAGCUCCAUUACACAGAUUGGAAAGUAUUUGUUGACUGGAAAACUGAUGCAAGGCAAUGCGAGAAGUUUGAAAGCUGCGUUCAGUUUUUCGUCGAUAUUUUCGUCGAAAGGUUCGUCGUCCUGUUCGUGCAAAUCGAGACGUCGCCCGUGUAUCUUCGUUCAUGGAUUGGGUAUAAAGGAUGAAACGCCGGAGAAUCAGGAUAGCUUUACGAAAUAUUGGGGUCCUUACUUGCCCGACCACAUGUCGUGCUGUUCAUCGCUCAAGUUCACACACCUGAAUACGUGGUAUGAUCCAUGGACAAGCAGAACCCAACAGCAAAAAGCGUGUGAUCGUAUCCUGGCUGUGAGUGACAAAAGUACAGAUGGUAAGAUCGUUGAUACCAUCGUCGUUACGCACUCACUGGGUAAUAUGGCAUUUGCUGGUGCACUUGCCAACGGACUUUGCACGCUAGACUCUAGCUCAACGUGGGUGGGCUUGGCGGCACCUAUGAAGGGUAGUAUGGCGUCAGAUUUUGCCCAGAAGUCCUGUGCUGGAAAAACCAACAGGGUCAUAGAAGAAGUUGGAGACAUCUUUGGUCUAUGCCCUCCAACUGAUGCGUUGAGAGCGCUGUCAUACCAGGGUGGGGAAUACAGUUCCAAGAGCCUGGAUGCAGCGUACGUAGCUGCACAGAAAGCUUACCGGGCAAACGUGUUUGCAAUCAUGUGUAGCAAGUCAAGCUCCGGAAUUUUAUCCAUCCGCCAAAUCGGAUUUUGGGCUUUAACGAAAUUGGUUUCUCAUCACUCCAAGCAGAAUGAUGGCAUGGUAGAAUUCGAAAGCUGCGCUGGAGGGUUUCCUUCAUCGAAGUUUGGUAAAACCUGGAGAGAUCGUUUUUACUUGACAGAGCUGAAUCAUAGCGAUAUGAAAUUCUUCAACGGCGAUGGACUACGGAACGAGGCCAAGAUGCCUAUGAAAUGGUUUGAAUGCUUGUUAUAG